CAGCAGCAGCAGCAGCAGCAACAACAGCAACAGCAACAACACAAGCAAGUGCGCUGCAGAAAUCUACGAAGAAACGUAGAAAUCGGUGCUAAGAAGAUUUGGCUGCCGCUUAUCAUUUUCCUUUCACUGCAGGUCGCACUCGUUUGCGCGGACGAUGUGGAGGUGGUGAAGGCGAUUGCCGGCGGACCCGACGACGAUCUGACCAUCGCUCUUGGGGAUCACGAGAACGAGCUGGACCAGAUGGCCCAGGAAUCGGAGCAGGAGCAGCAGGCCCAGGCGCAACAGCAGCAGCAGCAGCAGCAACAGCAGCAACAACAGCAGCAGCAACAGCAGCAGCAGCAGCAUCAGCAGUUGCCGCAGAUCCAGAUGCAGUUGCCGCAAUCGGUGCCCAAGGUGCAGGUGCACUACCAGCACAACAUGCCACAGCCGCCACCAAAUGUGGCACUCACCAUGCGCAAUAAUCAUCAGAACAUCCCGCUGAGCUUUGGCCAGCCGUUUGGACCUCCACCGCCACCGGGUGCCCAGUUCUACAAGGGACCACCGCCGCCGCAGUUGCAGCAGCGACCGCAGCCACCGCCGCAGUUGCAGUUGCAGGUGCAACCGCAGCAGCAACAGCAGCAGCAGCAACAUACGCAGCAGCAGCAGCAGGGGCAGCAGCAGCAGGUGCAGGUGCCCGACUUAAGUGUGGGCGGAUCGAGCAACAAUGAGAUCUGGGCGGCACCUGUGCAGGAUAUGCCCAAGAUUGUGUCGCUGGACGUCAAGUGCGAGAAGAACGGCAUGAAGGUGUUCGUGCAGUUCGACAAGCCCUUCAAUGGCAUCGUCUUCUCCAAGGGUCACUACAGCAACAUGAACUGCGUCCACUUGCCAUCGGGAUUGGGACGCAGCUCGGCGACCUUUGACAUUGGACUGCAUGAGUGCGGCACCGCCGGCAAUACGGACAACUAUGGCCAGGGCUAUGGCCACGAGGCGGGCAGCACGGGAGCUGGAACGUAUUUCGAGAACAUCAUCGUCAUCCAGUAUGAUCCGCAGGUGCAGGAGGUGUGGGAUCAGGCCAGGAAACUGCGUUGCACGUGGCAUGAUCAGUACGAGAAGAGCGUCACCUUCCGUCCGUUCCCCGUCGAUAUGCUGGAUGUGGUGAGGGCCGAUUUUGCUGGCGAUAACGUUGGCUGCUGGAUGCAAAUCCAGGUGGGCAAGGGUCCGUGGGCAUCGGAGGUCUCUGGCCUGGUCAAGAUCGGCCAGACGAUGACCAUGGUGCUGGCCAUCAAGGAUGAUGACUCCAAGUUCGAUAUGCUGGUGAGGAAUUGUGUGGCGCACGACGGCAAGCGGGCGCCCAUCCAAUUGGUGGACCAGCGUGGCUGUGUCACCCGACCCAAGCUCAUGUCGCGCUUCACCAAGAUCAAGAACUUUGGCGCCUCAGCGUCCGUGCUGUCCUAUGCCCACUUCCAGGCCUUCAAGUUCCCGGACUCAAUGGAGGUGCAUUUCCAGUGCACCAUCCAGAUCUGUCGCUACCAUUGUCCCGAGCAAUGUUCGGCGGAAACGAACCUGCAGGAUGUCCACCACCUGCAGGUGGGUCCAGAAUCGCAAUACGGACCGCCGCCGCAACUCCAUGUGGAUGCCUACCAUGUGGCCAGCGCGAUUGGCAAGCGGCGGGAUGAGCGCAGGGUGCAGCGACGUGCUCGAGCGGUGGCCGAACCGCAGGUGGGUCUGAAUCGGAUCAUCAAGGUGGUCUCCUCCGGCGAUCUGACCUUCGCCAUCGAUGAGCAGGCCGGUGGUAAUGGUAAUGGUAAUGGUAGCUCAACGAAUGGCGCCAACUCUGGCGUGGAUCGCAGUCCACAGACCAUGGUAUUUCCAUUGCGCGAGGAGGGCUUGAUCUGCAUGACCACGCCGGGCUUUGCCAUCACGCUCAUCGUUCUCCUGGGCAUCCUGGUGACGUCCUGCCUCACGUCCGCCGUCCUCUACGUUCGACUGCGUCCGUUCUCAUCGUUCGCCGGCAGCGCCAAGGAGCGCGCGGUGGCCUUCACGAAUCCCCAGCUGGCACCGCUGCCCGUCAUCCAGCUGCCCUCGCCGGCGGAUCUGCAGGGAACGCUCUCCAAGAAGCGGGCGAUGUCGUGAGCACGCCACCGACUGUGCGACUGCAACUAGUUACACGGGCGGAUUAC